CCUUGCAACAUACAAUCAAUAUAAAUAUGGCAUUGAGAUAUUUUACAUCCCUAUUUUUAUACUUUGAAGUUCAGUGGAUAUUUACACUUACAACAUGUCUCAACUUAGAUUGGCCACAUUUCAAAAGCUCGACAACUGCAGGUAUUAUUAUAAAUAGCAUUUUAUUUAGAAUGCUUGUUACCUACCCUCAAGGAAGUUAUAGUAUAUUGGGAGAAUCAGAGAACAAAAAUAUAACCAAGAUACUUGGAAAUUUGAUGAAUGUUACAUUUCAGAGAUGAUAUUUGAGCUGACAUUUGAAGGAUGAGAAGGAGCCCAUUGUGAUUAUCUAGGGAAAAGUACUCAAGACAGAGGAAACAACUAUUGCAAAUGAUGAGAAGUGCAAAAAUGCUUGACAUGUUGGAGGGAUACACAGUGGUAGGCAGACUCUAAGAUGGCCUCCAGUGAUUCCACCUCUGGAUAUUCGUGUUUUUGUAUAAUCCCUUGGUAAGAUCUAUGACCCAAAGAACAUGAGAAAGGCAAUGGGAUCUCGCUUAAGUGAUUUGGUUACAUAAGAUUGUAACUUCCUUCUUUCUAGGAGGACAUCUUGCAGAAGUCCACAUGGCAAGGAACUGACUGAAGCCUUUGGGUAACAGCUAGGAACUGAGGCCCUAAGUCUAAUAGCCCUCAUAGAACUGAAUUACAGCAAUGACAUCUGCUUGGGACCAAAUUCUUCCCUAUUUGAACCUUCAAAUGAGAGAUACUCUACAUGUGGCCAGUAUCUUGAUUAUAGCCUUUUGAGAGACCCUGAAGCAGAGGAUCCAGUUAAGCCAUGCUGUGAACUUCUGACCCACAGAAACUAUUUUACCUGCAAUACAGUGGAUACAAUUUGUCAUGGCUACUCUGAGUGUUAUAGGUUCAAGUUCACUUAUUGCCUAUGCAGUAUUCCAGAAUGUACAGAAAUCUCCAGAGAUAAGAGCACUUUUUUGUCUGAGCUUCUGUGACCUGCUCCUGGGACUUUGCUGGCUCACAGAGACACUUCUCUAUGGAGCUUCAGUAGCAAAUAAGGACAUCAUCUGCUAUAACCUACAAGCAGUUGGACAGGUAUUCUACAUUUCUUCAUUUCUCUGCACCGUCAAUUACAUCUGGUAUUUGUACACAGAGCUGAGGAUGAAACACACCCAGAGUGGACAGAGCCCAUCUCCACUGGUGAUAGAUUAUACUUGUCGAGUUGGUCAAAUGGCCCUCAUUUUCUCAAGCCUGAUACCUCUGCUAUUGAUGACACCUGUAUUCUGUCUGGGCAAUACUAGUGAAUGUUUCCAAAACUUCAGCCAGAGCCACAAGUGUAUCCUGAUGCACUCACCACCAUCAUCCGUGGCUGAACUCCUACCUUCUGCCAACACAUCUGUCUGUGGCAUACUUUAUUUUUAUGGUAUCACCAUUUUCCUGGGCAGCUUUGUACUCAGCCUCCUUACAAUUAUGGUCUUACUUAUCCAAGCCCAGACAUUGUAUAAGAAGUUUGUGAAGUCAUCUGGCUUUCUGGGGAGUGAACAGUGGGCAGUGAUUCACAUUAUGGACCAGAGAGUACGCUUCUACCCAGUGGCCUUCUUUUGCUGCUGGGGCCCAGCUGUCAUUCUGAUGAUCAUAAAGCUGACUAAGCCACAGGACACCAAGCUUCACAUGGCUCUUUAUGUUCUCCAGGCUCUAACGGCAACAUCCCAGGGUCUACUCAACUGUGGAGUAUAUGGCUGGACACAGCACAAAUUCCACCAACUAAAGCAGGAGGCUCAGCGUGAUGCAGAUACCCAGACACCGUUAUUAUGCUCACAGAAGAGAUUCUAUAGCAGGGGCUUAAAGUCACUGGAAUCCACCCUUACUUUUCCUACCAGUACUUCCACCAUUCUUUGAAACUACAAUAUUGGAACAUCCAGGAACUGGAGUUAUUCUACACUAAUGGAUUGGAAAGAAUUUUGGGAAAGGACAUCUUAAAUCUUUUCUAACUAUGCUCUGAACUGCAGAACUGAAAGGAAAUGUAGUGCUAUUAUUAGUAGUCAUUCUAAAUGAAUUGGUAGUAUCUCUCCAGUUAUUCCCAGAUUCACUAGUGAUCCUUAAAGUCUCCUCUGUCCAGGGAGAGGAAGACACUUUUCAUCUCAGAGAUAGACUCAUGUUACCUUGAUGGAUAUUAGAUUUGUCUAAGUCUCUUCUAGAAAAAAUAAAUUCCAGAUUAUCAUUUA